AUGGGUGCUUUUGGAGGAUUAAGAAGAGAUGAUUUGAUAAAGCUCUCCAUAGAUGAUAUAGAUGACAAGGGAAUCAUUGUUGCAAUGACGGCUGCAAGAUUUCCAGUAGUCAUAAAAAUAGGUCACGCUCACGGAGGACUGGGGAAAGUGAAAGUGGACAACAUAAACGACUUCCAGGACAUGGCCAGCGUUGUCGCCGUAGCUAACACGGAACAUCGUCAAGUAAUGACGGCUGCAAGAUUUCCAGUAGUCAUAAAAAUAGGUCACGCUCACGGAGGACUGGGGAAAGUGAAAGUGGACAACAUAAACGACUUCCAGGACAUGGCCAGCGUUGUCGCCGUAGCUAACACGUAUUGCACCGUUGAGUCUUACGUGGACUCGAAAUACGACAUCCACGUCCAGAAGAUCGGCGCCAACUACAAGGCGUUCAUGAGGAAAUCAAUUUCUGGUUGUUGGAAGACCAACAUGGGUUCAGCCAUGCUAGAGCAAAUUUCCAUGCCUGAUAGGUACAAGACCUGGGUAGACGAGGUUUCAGAUUUGUUCGGGGGCUUGGAUAUAUGUGCUCUAGAAGUUGUUGUGGGGAAGGAUGGUAGAGAAUACAUAAUAGAGGUGAACGACAGCGCCCUUACGCUUCUGGGAGACUCCCAAGAAGAAGAUAGAAGGCACAUUGCCGACCUAGUGUCAGCCAGAAUGCAAGCCAUCUGCAGACCUAGGACACCUCCAAGCGAAGAACCCCCACCACCUCCCGUAGGACCUAGAGGCAUAUUGGGAAGCUUGACUAGCCUCACGCACUCCACUGAUACCCCUCCCCCAAGUGCUUCUGACCAUCCAUCCUUAGGCAACGUUGGCAGACGCGACAGCCAAGCUUCCCAGUCCAGCACCGUCAGCAGCGCCCCGAGCACGGGCCGUCUUCCAGAUCCCCCACCCAGGCCUUUCCAGAGACAGGGCAGCCAAUCCCAGGCCGUACCCGAAGACACGGAGGACACCAUGAAGAACCUCAGGAAGACCUUCGCCGGAAUCUUCGGCGACAUGUAA